AUGAAAAUGAUUUUUUUAGUUAUUUGGAUCAAGGCGAUUGCCUUAAUUGGCGUUCUACUGGUGAACACGCACAGAGCAUACAUGACACUGGACGAGAUGGAGGCCACUCUGCAGUUUGAAAUUACAACGGAUGCAACUCCUAUAAGAAUAAAUCCAGAGGGCUCUCUUAACUUUCUCCGGGGAUACAUCUACCAGAAAAUGGACUGUAUGUACAACAAAAGAUUCUUUGCUCCGCAGAUUAAUACAAAGUACAGUUUAGAAGAAAAUAUAAAUAACUCUGGCCCAUCAAAUUUGAGCUAUACAUACACCCGAAAUGAACAAAAAGACAAAGCGUAUACAGCACAGUCCAAUAAUAAAAUGGAUAUUUACACCGAAAAGUACCAUAAGCAUCUUAUUGAGCUGUUUCCAUCGCCCACUGGAGACAUAACCAUAGAGACACGGGGAAACCAGUCCUUUGUUCAGUUCCUUCGAGCAGAGACAACAGAGAAGCACUCUUUGCAGAUUCUGGCCAUGCUACUUCUUUUCUCUGAGGGAGUGGACAUUCCUAUUGAAGUCACCAAAGAUGUACUAAAGGUAUAUGAAACAAACAAAAAAAACGAAAUAUACUUCACAGUCCCUAUGAGAAUCCCCUGGCUGGAACCUACAACUAAUAGUGUGGAAAUGCUCAGCCAGAAGAAGGUUAAGCAAUUAAUCAACUUCUUCCAGGAAAAUGCAACAAAUUCUGAAGCGCUAAGUCUAAUGAUGGACAGGUGCUCACUGGAGGAGGUUGCCACAGGAAAGUUUCUGGACAGCCCCAAGUUCCUGAUUCAGUCAUACAUAUUUGAGUUCAUAGACAGUGCACAGCGUGCAAAAGAGUUUGUUCAGACAAUACAUGCAAUGACAGAGAAGUAUGCGCCAAAGACAGAAGCUCCAAGUAAAGAUGAUUGUGUGUAUGACAGACUAUUCAAGCCUGCUGGAACUGAAGUAGGAAUAGACUGCAUGGCUCUAAUGAAAAAAACUCAAGAGAUUUUAAAUACAUAUCGAGUUUUCCCAUUUAUAAACAGCACACAGAUUCCUAUAUACAAGUCUGUUCCUCGGUACAACCGAAAAUUGGGAAUGUUUUCUACUAACCAGUUGGAAAACUACAGCAACUGUGUGGAGUGCAUGAUUCUCUCCCUCUUCUGCUGCUUGGCAUAUGAUCCAUCUGACUUUACGUAUAAAACUGAUCAUAUGGGGAAUGUCUCUAAAGAGCUUAAAGAAUUCUUCUCUCCAGAAAAUCAGCCAUUUGACACAACAAAGGCCAACUUUCAGAAGAACUGGUGCAGAGUUGUUGCGUGCUUAAAUGAGCCUAGAAUUGUAUACUGCAGGGAUAGAAAUGAGCUAGAACCUGGUAUUAUAAAUAUGCUUAUGGUUAUUGCUGAAAUAGUAAAUAUUUCUAAAGACGAAAAGGAGAAAAUACUUGGUUUUUCACAACGUUUAAAGGAGAAAAAAGGAGGGUUGGAGGAUGAACUAUCCAAUUCGAUUGAAGAGUACACAAAGGCACUACUUAAACGUCUAUCCAAGACAGAAAGUGUAGAAAUAGAGUUUUCUGAGCUUAAAAGUCAUACAUGUAUCGAAGGGCGAUAUGAUAUAUCUGGUGAGAUUACCAUAGCAUUUGGGCAUAGUGGCAUCAAGAAUGCAAUAUUUUUGGGCAUAUCUGAAGGGCAUAGCACUAUCAAUAUGAAGCCUGCUGUUAUGAAGAUUAAGGACACUCGAAUCGAACAAGUAGAUGGAAUAGCAGGCAUGUGUAAAAAUGCAGCUACAUUUGUUGAAAAUCUAUUUGCUGUAUAUGCUGCGUAUGAAAUACGAAAGAUUGACACACUCGAGAAUAACGAAGAGUUUAUAAAGGCUCAAAUACGCAAGACCAUUAAGAAAAACUUCACAGACAUCAAUAGACUGCUGCUGGUCAAGAAGAUUAACGACUUUAGCUACAAAAAGAGCUUGUUCACCUAUUCUAUCUUGUAUAGCAUGAAUCAAAAGCUAUUCCCAGAGCACCCCAUUAUUCGUUUUACCUCCAACAUAAUAGGAAGCACAGAGCUAAAUAACGGGUCUAUUAUAUCGCGAAUGUCUCCCCCAAUUAUUUUUUCGGGCCUGCUUAGUAAAAGCGGUAGCAAUCUCAACUACCCAAAUAUAAAACUCAAGGAGAAAAGGUACCAAAAAGACAUGGGAUACAUAAGAUACUAUUGGUUUGUCAAGUAUAUACUGGAUUGCGAUAUAAAUAUCUUCAUACAGUGGAUUAAAUACUGCAUAGACCACUUUGAUAAAUACGAUGGGAAAGGAAUGUACAACCUACUAGGCUUUAAAGUGACCAAGCCUAUUUAUGAAUAUAUGUUUAAGGCGGGGGAUAUGAAGUAUGCUGAUGCAGUUGAUAAGGCUAUAGCACAGGCAUAUCCAGAUAAGAAAGAUGAGAUAAUAAACAAUCUUCACUAUAUAUGGUUCGUAUAUCUCAUUAGAGAAGCAAAUCUAAAAGUUAAGUUGGCUAAGACAAACUUUCAUGCCAUUCGCAGCACUAAGUACGAACAAUAUGGCCCGGACUAUGUCGAUACACAGCAGAUUGUUAAUAAUCUCAGACAGCUGAAGAAGCAUGUCUGUAUUGAUGAAAGCUCCAUUUCUAAGUUUAGAGAGUUCAUGCGCAUAUAUUCGCAAUGA